GCCCGCACCAUGUCCUCGGCCGCCUACAUGGACUUCGUGGCCGCCCAGUGUCUGGUUUCCAUCUCGAACCGCGCUGCGGUGCCGGCGGAGCACGGGGGCGCUCCCGCCGCCGCCGCCGCCGCCGCCGCCGAGCGCCUGCGCCUCCCCGAGCGCGAGGUGGUGGCCAAGGAGCACGGCGACCCGGGGGACACCUGGAAGGACUACUGCACCCUGGUCACCAUCGCCAAGAGCUUGUUGGACCUGAACAAGUACCGGCCCAUCCAGACCCCCUCGGUGUGCAGCGACAGCCUGGAGAGUCCCGAUGAUGAGGACAUGGGAUCCGACAGCGACGUGACCACCGAAUCUGGGUCGAGUCCUUCCCACAGCCCCGAGGAGGAGAGACAGGAUCCUGGCGGCGCGCCCAGCCCGCUCUCCCUCCUCCACGCCGGAGUGGCCGCGAAGGGGAAACACGCCUCCGAAAAGAGGCACAAGUGCCCCUACAGCGGCUGUGGGAAAGUCUAUGGGAAAUCCUCCCACCUCAAAGCCCAUUACAGAGUGCAUACAGGUGAGCGGCCCUUCCCCUGCACGUGGCCGGACUGCCUUAAGAAGUUCUCCCGCUCCGACGAGCUGACCCGCCACUACCGCACCCACACCGGGGAGAAGCAGUUCCGCUGCCCGCUCUGCGAGAAGCGCUUCAUGAGGAGCGACCACCUCACCAAGCACGCCCGGCGCCACACCGAGUUCCACCCCAGCAUGAUCAAGCGAUCCAAAAAGGCCCUGGCCAGCCCCUUGUGAGGUGCUACCUGCCGCCGCCGCGGCAGCCAGGAGGGACCGGCCCGGACAGACACCACGACUCCCCACCCACGGACAGACACGCGGAACCCAGGCCCGGGAGGCCCGCCGCCAGCACAGGAACCCCGCUCUCUGGUCCAUAUUCUGAUUCCCCCUCUCCCCGCGUUGUUUUUAAAAAGCACAUUGCGGCCCAAGGGAGCUCCGAACCGCCUCUGACUUUUAGAGGAAAAGCAAAAUUUUUCCCCCCUUCUUUAUUUUUUUUUUUUUGGGGGGGGGGGUUUGAGGGGGGUGGAGGUGGGAUGGGAGAGUGAUCGUGGGUGGGGUUCGGCCAAGGCUGGGGCAGAAUUUUAACGAUUCGACACUGGUGUACAUAUGUCUGACGGGGUGAGUUGACCUGUGGCAUCACAGUGAUUCCGGGCCCUCCCUGCUUGCUGUCUCUCAAGAAUUGUUUUUUGUAAACCUUUUAAUGUAAUGACGAGUGUGCUUCGGUUUCUUUAGCAAAACCACUCUCUUGAAUCAUGUUAACUUUUGAGACAAAAAACAAACAAACAACGCCAUAGCACAGCUGUCUUUAUGCAAGCAAGAGCACACCUCCUCCAGCAUGACCUGUCAUCUAAAGACUUGGAGACAAACCAGUUACUUAUAGUCAAUGGGUAAGCUGUCUGAAUUUAUACUAAUCAAGACAAACCUUUGGAAAGGUUACACACUUAAGUACAGAACUUUUAAACCUUGCUUUGUAUGAAUUGUACUUCCCAGAACAUAAGCUGCACUUUAAUUUGUAAUGCAGAGGAUGACAUAAGUUACGUUCAUGCUUUAAGGAUAGAAGCAGACAUUUCUUUUUGGAACCACGUUAUUAUAAUCUGCUUAUGUUACAGUAUACACGUUUCCCUAAGCAAUCACAGAGGAUGUGAGGGCAGAAAUAUAUGCAAUAGAUGCUGAAGGAGAAGGAGGGUAGGUUGUUUUGUUGUUGUUGUUGUUGUUGUUUAAAUAAUUUAAAAAGAACAAACAGGAUGUUGACUCUUAACUUUUCCAAAUGUUCCGGUUCUUUCAGUUCACACCACCUUAUUGUACCACAAUGCCACGAAGGGAGAGGGCUUCGACUCUGGUGGGUUUUAUUUGAAUGGAUGCCUAACAGUAGCUAGCUCUGGAAACACCUAUGUUUUUUGGGGGGCCGGGGUGGGGGAAGGUGUGUUGGUCUCCUUCCCAUGUUCCUACAAAACUCCCACUAACAGGUGCAAGGCUUAUGUAAAACGAAAAGGGAGCUGAACUGUGAAAAGAAACACGUGCCCUUCUAAGUAGUGAGCGCCAAGGGACAAUACCACGGCGAUCUCAGAGGAGACCGCCAUGCCGGCACAUGGAAUCCCCACGGAUGACAGCCCAUCCCUGUACUUGAUACAUCCGAAGCCUCACCACUAUGUAUCUUGUAUCCAGGUGUCUACAACGGCCCAAACCACUACGUCCGUCACACGCCAUGUACCUGAAAAACUUCCUUUGGCCUUUCCACGGCCAGAGACACGAGCCGCGUUCUCACAGCGAAGAAGAAACCUCAAAGCGGGGGGGAGUCAGCAGCAAUGGUGGGAAAAUGUUUACAUUUUUUUUUUUCUUCUUCUUCUUCUUCAGAAAUAACGCUUUCCGACAAUUUUAUCUGGCAUUUGACACGGGGAGCUCUAAUGCCCCGGAGUUUGCACAUGUGCUAGAAGAGACGUGUGGUGUAAACCCGGGCCGCCUCCCUGCCAGCGGACUGCGUUAGUUCACCCUCCACGGGUUCGUGUCCGGGUCAGAACUAGUGUGGACUCCUGCUUCCAACACAGUAGCCAUCGCUCACGUGGUGGGUUUUGCUUUUUUCUUUCUUUUUUUUCUUUUUUUUUUUUUUCCUUUUUGUUGUGUUUAACCAACAUAGUGGUAUUAGUAGUUCUAUAAAGAGAACUGCUUUUAACAUUAAGGGACUGGGAGCAGUCCAUGGGAUAAAACGGAAAGUGUUUUCUCACGGGGGAAAACAUGUCAGGAAAAAUAAAAGAACACGUUCUACCUCUGUUUCAGAUUUUUGAAACGCUUAUUUUAAAACCAAAUUUUAAUUUCUUGUGUCCAAAAAUAAGUUUUAAGGACAUCUGUUCUUCCAUACGAAAUAGGGUAGGCUGCCCGUUUCUGACGGAGCUCAUGGACUGGUUCUGCUUGGGAUCCUCUGCAUGCGGCCUUUUGGGGAGAGAGGAGUUUGGGGGUUGCCUAGCAACCCACCACCUUGUGCAAACUCAUCUUUCCCUCCCAGAAAGAAAGGAAGGAAAGCCAGGCAAAGUCAGUGAAAGACAAUCUCCGUAGUUUCAGGAGUAGUUUUCUGUAUGUGGCUUUUGUCCAGCACUUAGAUGGAUGUAAAUGCAGCAACUUGUUUUGAAAAAAAAAAAAAAAAAAUGCACAAUUCACUUCCCAAAAAAAGUUGCUCCUUGCCUUUUUCAAGGUGUUGACAAACACACAUUUGAUAUACUCUUAUAUGUUAGAGUAAUGUAACGUAUACACUCAAGGCUUUGUAUUCUUUGUGAUACAUCCUGUUUUAAAAAAACGUCACAAAACAGGAACCAGCAUUCUAAUUAGAUUUACCAUAUGAAGAUAUGGUUCAACUAGGACUUACUAGAGUUCAUUGAACUUAACUAAAAACCAUGAAGCAAUUACUUUUUAUAUUAAAAAGACCAUGGAUUUAACUUUUUAAAAAAAAUCCAAGUGCAGGAUAGUAAUUUUUGUUUACUUUUUUAACCAAACCGAAUUUUUGGAAAGACUUAUUGCGGGUGUGUAAGCAGAAAGGAACGCUGUUUUACCUAAUACUGUAAGUAGUUGUCAUAUUCUGGAAACAUUUAGUAGUUUUAGAGUUACGGUAACUCCUCUCCUUGGUUAGGGAAGACGAGAGCCCUUCACCACUGCGGAACGAUGCCCUGGCGUUAAGGUCUGUCUCUACAUCAUGCUUCUUUUUUUUUUUGAGAAUUACAUAUGGUAGUUAUAAUUACAGGAACUGAUUAGUUGUAAGUUUGCAGAUAGAGUUAGCACAGUACUCAUCACUCUGGAUAGCCUGCGAUGUUCUCUCACACGGAUGAUCUGUAACACACUGUAAGAUAAACUGAUCUUUACAACUGUUUAAUCAGUUUUAUUUUUGUACAGUAUUAGUGACCUAAGUUAUUUUGCUGUCCUGUUUUUGUAAAAUCAAACAAAAUUAUAAUAGGGGAUUCUGACAAGUAGGUAUUUUGUACAUAUGUAUAUAUGUUGUCCAAAUAAAAAAUAAUAAAAAUGAUCAAGAUUU